GAAUACUUGUCUUGUUUCCCUCUCUCUUUCUUUGAGAAUGGACUUGGCAGCGGUUCUUUAGCAUAUUGUUCUUGCGGUGCUUUUUACAGCCAUUCAUUGUCUGUUUUUAUUUUAGCAAAUAUCUGGGCAUCUUGCAUAUGCUUCAGUGAUAGCUUUUUGGCUCGUGCCUCUGGGAAAAUGAAGAUACUAGCAGAAGCUUCGAUCUUGGUGUUUUUAUGCAUUUUUCUGGGUUCAGAGCAUAGGAUAUGUCAUGCUUUCUCUUCUAACUACAAUGCUAGAACGAAGUGUUUGAUAGAGCCCAAGACAGCUCAAGAUGGAGGAGGGAUAAUAGCUAAUCCAGAUUUUACUCAUGGCAUGGAGGGGUGGGCUGUAUAUGGACAAGGGGCAAUGAAAGAAGAAAUGUCAAGGAAUGGAAACAGAUUCAUUGUUGCGUAUAACAGAACGCAAUCACUAGAUAGUAUCUCCCAAAAGGUCCAAUUGGGGGGAGGUCUCAUCUACAGCUUCUCUGCAUGGAUUCAAAUCAACAAAGGAAGUGAAAGGGUAGCUGUUGUUUUCAAAAUUCCUCAUACUGAACUUGUAAUUGGUGGUAGAGUUCUGGCAAGGAAUGGAUGCUGGUCUUUGUUAAAAGGUGGUAUAUUUGCAAAUUUUACUAGCCAUGCUGAUAUUCUAUUUGAGAGCAAUAAUACAGCAACUGAAAUAUGGGUGGACAGUGUAUCCUUACAACCAUUCACCUUGGAGCAAUGGAGAGCCCAACAAGACAAGAAGAUUGAUAAGGAACGCAAGAGCAAGGUGAGAUUCAAGGUAACUUAUGGCAACGGAACUGCAAUGGACAGUGCGACUGUUUCCAUUAAGCAAACCAGGUCAGAGUUUCCAUUUGGAUGUGGCAUGAACUUCCAUAUUAUUGACAGCACAGAUUACCAGAACUGGUUUGCCUCAAGAUUCAAGUAUACUACUUUCACCAAUCAAAUGAAGUGGUACAGCAAUGAGCCGAAACAAGGACAAGAAAACUAUACUGUUGCAGAUACCAUGGUAAAAUUUGCCCAGCAAAAUGGCAUUUCUAUAAGAGGUCACAACAUUUUAUGGGACGAUCCAAAGUACCAGCCAGAGUGGGUUAAGAAUCUUACUUCAGAUGAAUUAAGGAAAGCUGCAGCAAAAAGAGUGGAUUCAGUGGUUUCAAGAUACGCAGGGCAACUAAUUGCCUGGGAUGUAAUGAAUGAAAAUCUGCAUUUCAGCUUCUUUGAGGAUAAACUUGGCAAGAAUGCUUCUUCCAGGUACUUCAAACGAGCUUACGAGCUCGAUCCCAAAACAACAAUGUUCCUGAACGAGUUCAAUACCAUUGAAUAUAGCAAUGAUGAAGGUGUGGAUCCAAUCAGCUACAUGAAGAAACUAAGCGCGAUUUUGUCAUAUCCUGGAAACCAAGGAAUUUUGGCUGGCAUUGGUUUGGAAGGUCAUUUCGGUGUUGGCCAGCCAAACCUUGCUUACAUGAGAUCUGUUUUGGACAUUCUAAGUUCAACAGGAUUGCCUAUAUGGCUUACUGAAGUGGAUGUCGUGAAAGAACCAAAUCAGGCAGAGUACCUGGAGCAGAUACUAAGGGAAGGUUAUUGUCAUCAUGCUGUUGAAGGGAUUAUAAUGUUUGCUGGACCAGCAACCGCCGGUUUCAAUGCUACAACCUUAGUAGACAAGGACUUCAAAAAUACCCCAUCAGGGGAUGUUGUGGACAAACUGAUUGAUGAGUGGAGAACUAAACCUACAGAAACUAAAGCCGACGGUGAAGGAUACUUUGAAAUGUCCCUGUUUCAUGGGGAUUAUAACAUCACUAUCAAAAACCCUGUGACUAAUUGCUCAACUACUUUGAGUUCCAGGGUGACAAAAGGCACUACCUCUAUUCAUAUCAUCGCAUGAAUUCUCUCCCUAACACAGCCUAUAUAUAGCCCUUUUGUAGUUUUAAGACAAAUAUUAACAUUCGUCAUUGAGCUUCUGAAUUAGGUAAACUGUUCUGUUUAUUUGUGACAAUUCUGUAACUGGCUCCGGAAUGUGGAUACCUAGCUACCACCUUUACCUUAAACUUCAUAGAGCUAUUCCUGUUUU